AUGGGCAAGCACGGCAAGUGCAGCCACGACACGGAGGCGUGCUACCCGCCGGGGGCGGACGGCGGCAUGUACCCGUACAUGAUGGAGAGCCCGCAGCUGCGGUGGGCCUUCAUCCGCAAGGUGUACGCGAUCGUCUGCCUGCAGCUGCUGCUGACGGUGGCCGUCGCCGCCACGGUCAACCUCGUGGGCGCCAUCGGCGACUUCUUCCGAUCCCGCACCAUGGGCGCCAUCGCCGCCACCAUCGCCGUCAUCAUCUUCCCCAUCCUCGUGAUGAUUCCGAUGAUCAUUUACCGGAAGCGGCACCCGGUGAACCUCGUGCUCCUGGCGCUCUUCACCGUCGGCAUCAGCUUCGCCGUGGGGCUCAGCUGCCUGUCGGCGAAGGGGCCCGUCAUACUGGAGGCGGUGGUGAUCACCAUGGUGGUGGUGUUGGGGCUCACCGCCUACACCUUCUGGGCGGCCAAGCAAGGCUACGACUUCGAGUUCCUGGGGCCAUUCUUGAUGGCCGCCGUCCUCAUCCUCAUGCUCUUCGGCCUCGUGCGGAUCCUCUUCCCCCUGGGAAAGACGGGGACCAUGGUGUACGGGUGCAUCGCCGCGCUUGUCUUCUCAGGCUUCAUCAUCUACGACACCGACAACCUCAUCAAGCGCUACUCCUACGACGAGUACGUCGCCGCCGCCAUCGAGCUCUACCUCGACGUCAUCAACCUCUUCCAGGCCAUCCUCGCUGUGAUCGAAGGCGUCGACUGA